AUGCCCAGAGCUGGAGGAAAACCGAAAAAAGAAGAGUGGGGUGGGGAGAAGACGCCACUUAAUCUUUGCUUCUCCUUCAGCUCCGCACGGCACGCAUUAGCCUCAUACAACGCCUUCCGCAGCCACAAUAAAAGCUGGAACUGCAAAGAGCCCAGAGUAAGGCGACUAAUAAAGACUGAUCCGCCAGGCAGAUUCAAAAGAAUCAGGGAGAGAAAGCUGCCUUUGAAAUUCUUGUCAUCCAAGGCGGCCUUAAUCACACCUUUGAGGGCCCUGCUUGGCUGUGUUAAUAACCGGGCCCACGUGGGCACCCACGCUGUUCAUUGUGCAGCUGGCUCUAUUAUUGGUGUCAAGAGCAUUUUGGCCUGCGAGAUUCCAAAGCCUGGUGAGUUCAGAUCCUCCCCAGAUGAGGACGAUCUCCAGGACAACCGGGACCAAGCAGAGGAGAAGGUAGGAAGCAAGGCCAGGGUGGAGGCAGAAACUCAACUGGCCAUCAGAGGAGACCGGGUCCUGAAGCAAGGCGGCUGA